AUGAGUCAGAAGAUCGCAGGCUGGGCGCUUUUAGCCCUUAUUAGUUCAUCGACGAUUCUUCAGACGAUAGCGUACCCGCAGCACCACGCUCCCCUCAUCUCACAGUCAACAAGUCAUGUCCGGACACAAAAUCCGCAAUACUACAGCAACUCGUUGCCUCUACAACACGAGCAAGACGCGCAGGAGCGGAAAUUCGCAGAGAAGCCCAACGCUCUCAAGAAAGUCGCGCUCGAUGACAUCGACGAUAUUCAGAACAACUCCAUCUCCGAUGGUGGCUUCUCAUGGUCCAACAUGCUUGGAAUGAUAAUGCAAAUGUUGUUCAACCCCGGCGGCACUGGCCCCAACAAGAGUGACAGUAUCGACACGGAUUCGUCAUCUGUGUCUCCGUGGGCUAACCUCUUCUCGAUGGGACUCAAGAUCCUGACAGCCAUCCUCGGCGGAGGCGCUUCCAGCGACGGUAUCGACAAAGUCGACAACGGCUCCUCUCCCAUGCAGGGUAUAUUGGCUGCGGUACUGUCGACGGUGCUCGGUGCAAAAGAUCCUGACCAGGUCGCCUCCAUGGCAAAACAGGCUGGAGAGUUCAUCAACAUCGUAGUGAACCUGUUGGACGCCCUCAAGACGUCGUUCUCUCAUCGCUCUCUGGCCGCUCGUUCCAUGGGUCGCAAGGACUCCGUCAGCGACGCCACCAUCGCCGGCAUUGCCAUGCUCAAAACCUACGUCAGAUCCUUCAACACAAGCGACGACAAAUGCCUUCAAAAAUACGUUUGCGACGCCAACAAUGAGUGUGCUGGUGAUAUCGGACCCAAGAGCGUUUUCUGCCAACUUGGAACUUAUGCUGCCAGUUUCGUACUCGAGAGGCAAUCUGGUGGUACUUUCGACGACUUCUACGAGGCUGGUCGCCGAGGACGCGGUGGCUUCGACUGCCGCCAGAUGUACCUCGAAUGCAACGAAGUUUAAAACCAAACACAAACUCCAUAUUAAUUAUAAAUCGCCAAAUCAUUUAACUGUCCAAAACUUUGAACUUAAAACCUUUAACGUAAAAUCCGAAUUAACUGUAACGAAACUUCCUAUUUAUUGCUUUAGAAAGUUAACGCGAUCGUGCAGCUUUUGCUGCAUUCCGAUUUCAUAAUGUAUAUUUUUUGUCUUACGAUGAAACAAUGUACACAAGGGUAUAAUUUUAGAUUGCCAUGCCUAAUUUUUAAAGGCGUGAUACGAUCAUAUCCCAUCGCACAAGCUAAGACGCGUUGAGUGUAGUAUUCUAAUAACUUAUUUAAUUUAUUUAUUUAACUUAUUCUAGAAGUUAAUGAGUAGAGAUAAUGUAUGAAAACAAAGAAUACCUGUAACUAACUGGUCUUAUUUUUUGAUGACCUAGUUAAUUGAGCAUUAUUAAAAAUUGGCGUACUGUUCAGUGUCAAAUGAACUGUGUUAAAUAAUAACGGUUCCGCCAAUUUCUCAAUAAAUGACGACUGAUGUAAAAAUCUGUGUGAUAUAAAUCAAUUGUAUCACUGAGUAGUUUAGUAAUAGGUUUUGUAUGUAUUUAAUGUGUGUUGUAUGAUUGAGGACGUCCUUGUGUGCAUGUGUGUGUAUAAUAAAAUAAUAAAUUAU